AUGCCCUCCCGCAGAUCGGCAGCCCAAGUGCUCGCCAGCUCUGGUCAAGAUGAUUUUGAAUCGGGCGUUGCUCCUGGACGCAAUCAGCACUCAACUGUCGCGGGCCCUGAUACCGGCCCUCUGCCUGGCCCCCAAGGCGCAAAUAUGCAGCGAGCCUUGGGAAUCCAGUCUGCCUCCCCGAUUGUCAAGGCUCAGAAAAAACAUUGGACAGCUGUUCAUCGGAAAUGCUUGCAUCUUUUCAAAGAGGCCGAUAGAGAGCAAGAGGAAUCUGCGCGUACCUUGGAGCAAUUGGAGACCGACAAAGCCCAAGCCGCCGAGCACAUCUGUCAGCUGAGUGACGAGAAAAAUAAGAACAUUGCCAAAAUACAGAAACUUGAGAUGCAGAUCUUGAAUUUGAAACAACAGCUCGAGGCCGCGCCAUCUAAUGGCAUGUGGGGUGAUGAUGGGAUGUACACUCUAAUGCAUCUCGGCACCACCGUCAAUAUUUUGAAAACAGACAUCGACAAGGAAGUUGAAGCGCGGAGGAACAAAAGAUUAGCUGCUGGCAUGCCUGAUUCUGAUGUGCUACAAGCAAAUUGGUCCGUUCAGAAUGGACAGAUGGGAUUGUUCGACGUCAACGCGCUUCCAAGCUAUUCACUACCAAGUACCCUUUCGUUGACCAACCAACAAGCGCUGGCACAAGUCCAUCCACAAUCCAACCAAUAUCAAUCGCCUUUUUGA